UCUUCCCCAUCUACUCCAUUCUUCCGGUAUUAUGGCAGCUUGCAGUGUAAGGGACAACGAGUGUGAAAUGUUAUGAUUAUGAGAAGUUUUCGGUGAAACAGGUGGAUUAAGGAUGCUCGUAACCAUGAUGUUACGGUUUCCCGUCUGUCGGCCGUCAGUUCGGGCAGUGCUUCACCGUCAGAGGCGCUUUAGCAAGAUACAGGCAUCCCCUGCUCUGUCUGAGCGUGUGCGUGUGUUUGAGUCUCUCAGUGAGAGGCAGGGACAGCAGAGGACAAGCGGCGCCACGAAACAGGCCUUCAGCGUCCGAUUGGCUGAUGGCAGGACGAUGAAUGGCACCACAGGUGUGACCACGCCGUCAAUCAUCGCUCAAAACGCACGUGUGAAAGGUGCUCUGGUCUGCAGGGUGAAUGGAGAGCUGUGGGAGCUGCUUCGCCCCCUAGAGGCUGACUGUGAACUACAGCUGCUAGGCUUCAACACCACAGAGGGCAAACAGGCGGUGUGGAGGACAGGAGCGUGUGUUGUGGGGUGGGUGUUAGAGAGGGUGUUUGGGGUGGAUAUGUGCAGAGAGGGUGUGUCAGAGUCCGGCCUCUACUGUGACCACCUCCCGGAGAACAGUGCCCUGUCCCUAGCUGAGCUAGAGGAGAGAUGUAAGGAGGCCGCUGGCCAGAGGCAGAGGCUAUCCCCUCACCUUUUGGCACCUCUCUCCAGACUGGAGCUGAACAGGCAGGAAGUUACAGAGGUCUUCCAGGACAAUGCUCUGAGACUCCAGUUGAUUGAAGAACAGAUGAGUGGUCCUACUGUCACAGUCUACAGGUGUGGAGACAGCAUAGGAGUCUGCAAUGGUCCUCUCCUCCCUAACACUGGUCUCCUCAAGGUCUUCAAGAUGCUGCAGGUGUCUCCUGUAACGUUGACCAAUCCUGUUGGCACGUCAGGCGUGAUGCGUGUGAUGGGUGUGGCCUUCCCAGGAGAGAGGGAGAGGGAGGAGUGGGAGAGGGAACAGGAGGAGACACGGAAGAGAGACCACAGACGCAUCGGCAAGGACCAGGAGCUGUUCUUCUUUAAUGACGUCAGUCCUGGAAGCUGCUUCUUCCUGCCUAAAGGAGCUCACAUCUACAACACACUCGCUGACUUUAUCAAGACUGAGUACAGGAGGCGUGGCUUCCAUGAGGUUGUGACCCCUACUCUAUACAGCACUGCACUGUGGGAGCGUUCAGGUCACUGGGAACACUACAGUGAAAACAUGUUUACUGUGACCGGUGACACACACACCUAUGCACUCAAACCCAUGAACUGUCCUGCACACUGUCUGAUGUUUGAGCAGCGUGUAAGGUCAUGGAGGGAGCUCCCGUUGCGUUGGGCCGAUUUCGGGGCACUGCAUCGGAACGAGCUGUCCGGCGCUCUGGGUGGUCUCACCCGGGUCCGCAGGUUCUGCCAGGAUGACGCACACAUCUUCUGCACUCCUGAGCAGUUGGAGGAGGAGAUCAUAGCGUGUUUGGACUUUGUGAGGAGUGUGUAUCGAGUAUUUGGAUUCUCCUUCCACUGUCUCCUCUCCACCCGACCUACACCCUGCCUGGGGGAGCCUGCACUGUGGGACCACGCUGAGCAGCAGUUGGAGAGAAGUCUGCAGCAGUUUGGAGAGCGCUGGCAGUUCAACCCAGGAGAUGGAGCAUUCUACGGGCCAAAGAUUGAUAUCCAGAUCAAGGACGCCAUUGGUCGACAGCACCAGUGUGCCACCAUCCAAUUGGACUUCCAGCUACCAAUCAGAUUUGACCUGGAGUAUGUGGGGGGGGAUGGAGAGACCCACAGACCAGUGAUGAUCCACAGAGCUGUUCUGGGAUCACUGGAACGCAUGAUCGCUAUAUUGGCUGAGAAUUUUGGGGGGAAAUGGCCUCUGUGGUUAUCUCCAGCGCAGGUCAUGAUUAUUCCUGUAGGGGGGAGUGAUGUGUGUUUUGCUCUUGUUAAGGUGGUCCGACAGUUCCGCGAGGCUGGCUUCAUGGCUGACGCGGAUGAUGACCAGGGUGCCACCUUAAAUAAGAAGAUCCGCUCUGCACAGCUGGCCCAGUACAACUACAUAUUUGUGGUAGGUGAGAAGGAGUGUGUGGGUGGCACGGUGAGUGUAAGGACCAGAGGGGGGAAGCAGCUAGGGAGGAGACCGACAGAGAAGGUCCUGGCAUCACUCACACACCUACGAGACGCACGGAGCAACCAGGAUGACUUCUAACACACACACCUGUUGUGGAUUAACAAUUGCUCACUGUACUUUUGUAAUAAAAUAUAAUAACUUAAAU